CCUACAGCAUCGCUCGGACGGCGCGGUGGGCUUGUAAGCGGCGUUUCGGGGCGCGUGUUUUAGUCUGACACCAUGCCACACGAGAGGGACUCGUACAAGCUGUUCGGGUUUUCGGAGGAGCUGGACUGGAAGCCCCUGCACUUCGUCCAGCAGCCGAUAGACGACGCAAGAGUGUGCAGCGCGUGCGGAUUCGUGCCCAAGAGAAGCGGCUUCCUGCCGUGUCGUCACGUGAUGUGCGAGCCGUGCUUCGAUCAGUGCAGGAACAGAGGCCACAUCUGCGUCAUGGACGGCGAGGCGUGCCCGGAGGCCGGAGUCCACUGGAGGGAAUUUCCCGUCGACAAGCUCGUCGACAGAGAGGUCACCUGCUGGAACAAGAAGUAUGGCUGCGAAACCAUCACUACAGUCGCAAGCAUAGUCAACCACUUUUACGAAAAGUGCGCCCACCAUUCCACGCGCUGUCACAAGUGCUCGGCGACGGUUCUUCAGAGAGACAUGAUUGAACACCUGGAGUCACGUUGCUCUGCCCACGUCCUGGGCAGGAAGUCCUCGCCGUCAAGUUCAGAACACUUAGGCAGAGAGGAAAUACAAAACGUCCAAACAGUACUACACAACAUAAAGCAAUCCUUACAGAACGCUGCCACUGAAAACGAACACUUAAGUUCGAGAAUCGACGUACUUGACCGAGAGCGCAUCGAUGCGCAGGGAGAACUGGGGGACAUCAUCAGGGAAGUGGCGGAGCGAAUCAAUCUGACACUGGCGGUUAUCGAAGGAAACGUCGAAAGAGACGAAGAGGUUCAGCGGGAGUUCGAUGCCCUGAAGGCGACUUUGGAAGAGCGAGUGGCCGCUGUAAAAGCGACGAUGGAAGCUUUCAUGCGGGAACACGACGCGCAAGCCGACCUCAGAACCAAGGCGCACAGUGACGUGGUGCGAACUGUGAGCGAUGUGCACCGAGAGGUGCAGCGCAUGAAAUCCGAGCUGGAAGACAUCCAAGCACGAGAUGUGUAAAGAGUCUCUUCUUUCGAACAGCGUCGUCGACUGGCCUCUACGACCACCCUCUUAGUCUGAUUAUACUCAUAUGUUCAAUUUUGUAAAGGGUGAAUGUUUUUUCUAGAAAGUUCCCCCGCUACAAAGGAAAUAAGCUUUCGAG